AAUGGCAUUAAUUAUUGAAAAUUAAUGUGUGUUACCAAUUGGUUUUCCCAAUAGCGAUUAAUUGUAUUUUGUUGGUAUUUUUAAGGAGGCCCAUGUAAACCAGUGUUACAAGCAUUUUUACUUUUUUGUUACGCAAUUCAGCCUUGUGGAUAAAAAAGAGCUUGAACCAUUGAAAGAAAUGACUGCACGAUUGUGUCGUUGAUGAUUUGGAACAUUUUUGAAGAUCAAUUAAUGCAAUGAAACGAGAUUGAAUUCAAACAAUGGCCAUCACAAAAUGUCAGUCUCUUCUGUAUCGACCAUUUUUAUUUUUUCAAUACAGACCUUUAAUUGCCCUUCCCAACAGGCCCAUCUUUAACCAAAGUUGGGUACACCCAUGUUUGUCAUUAAGGACAAAUUUAAUUUUCAGAGUUGCUCUAGUUGUUUGGUAUUACCUGCAAAAAUCAUGCAAAAUGCUCUUGUGAAAACAGCUACCAUAAAAUUCUUUACCAGCUUUAGGGAGCUGUUUUAAAAAAAUGGUUAAUUCCUUAAUUUUUAUUGUUCUGAUUAAUCAUUUUGCAUCAUUCAUUCUUUCAAUCCUUCCUGCAUAGAAAGAGAAGCUAUUUUGCUAUUUCUUUUUUUUUUGUACAAAAUAUCAGCUGCACACUUUUUUGAUUUUCUGCUGUGAAGCAACUAUGGCAUUAUGACUUGUUAUAUAUGUUGUAAAUUAUGUUCAUAUUUGUAAGCAGCUUUUCUUGUAACAUGUUUAUGAAUAUUGAAAGUAAAUAUUAAAAAAUGUAUUAAAUUAUUAAAUUUUGAAUCAUUGGAAUUACUUAAAAAUUUCUGAACACUGAUUUCAUUUUCCAGUAAUGCGUAAUAGACAUGUAUUAUUUAUUGACAGUCGUUUGCCUGCUCAAUGCUCAGUGGGUGUGGGAUAGUAUUUGUUUUGUAAAUUGAAGUUUGUUUAUAUGUACUUAAAAAUUCGAAGGCAAUGGUUAAAGGUUGAUAAGGAUUUAUUCUUUGGUGUUACAAAGAUAUUAUGGCUGGUGGAGAAUGUAUUUCAAAAGUCCAACUGCACAUCGCUUGCGAAGGGCUGAAGGAUAAGGAUGUUUUAUCAAAAUCUGAUCCGAUUUGUGUUGUGUAUAUUUGGGACGAAAAUGCUAAGAAAUGGAUGGAGUAUGCUCGAACAGAAAAGAUCAAAAAUAACUUGAAUCCAAAAUUUACCAAACCCAUCAACAUCGAUUAUCAUUUUGAAAUCAUUCAGAAAUUGCUAUUUUCUGUGUUUGAUAUUGAUAAUGAGACAAGUCAACUGGAUGAUGACGAUUUUUUAGGACAAAUGGAAUGUAAUCUUGGCCAGAUUGUUUCAAAUGUUCGAUAUACACAGCCUCUAAAGCAAAAAAGUGGUAGACAACAUGGAAAAAUCACUGUAACUGCUGAGGAGGUUUCUAAAAGCAAUGACAAAGUUGAGUUGAUUAUGCGAGCACAGAAACUGGAUAAAAAGGAUUUUCUUGGAAAAUCUGAUCCUUAUUUACUUAUUUCACGGCAAAUUUCUGAUGGUAGUUUUGUUUCAGUCCACAAGACUAAGGUUAUUAAAAAUACCCUCAAUCCAGCAUGGCCACCAUUUGAAGUGUCUGUAAAUACUCUAUGUAACGGAGAUUAUACUAAACCAAUCAAAAUAGAUUGUUAUGAUUGGGACAGUGAUAGUAAUGAUGAUUUGAUUGGUUCCUUCACCACCACGUUUAAUGAAAUGUUGAAAGCCAAUGAAAGAGAGGUCUCAUGGCCUUGCAUUAAUCCAAAAAAACAGAAGAAAAAAAGGGAUUAUUCAAACUCAGGAAUUGUGUAUCUUAGUCGCUGUAAGGUGACCCACUAUUACUCGUUUAUCGAUUACGUCAUGGGUGGAUGUCAAAUUAAUUUUACCGUUGGGAUAGAUUUUACAGCGUCCAACGGUCAUCCUGCACAACCAACAUCGUUACAUUACAUAAAUCCUUAUCAACCCAACGAAUACAUGAAAGCUUUGACUGCUGUUGGAGAGAUUUGUCAAGAUUAUGAUUCCGAUAAAUUAUUUCCUGCUUUUGGAUUUGGAGCAAAGCUUCCUCCUGAAAUGCAGGUCUCCCAUCAAUUUGCUCUUAAUUUUAAUCCAAGUAAUCCUUAUUGUCAAGGUAUCCCAGGAGUCGUAGCGGCAUAUCAAAAUGCAAUAAGUCAAGUUCAUCUCUACGGACCAACCAAUGUUUCCCCGAUAAUCAACCAUGUUUCAAUGUUUGCUUCAAAGGCUGCCCAAGAGAACAAACCGUCGAAUUACUUUGUUCUUCUCCUUCUGACUGAUGGCGUUUUAUCGGAUAUGUCGUUGACCAUCGAUGCUAUCGUGAAAGCUUCGCAUUAUCCGUUAUCAAUAAUCAUAGUCGGAGUCGGAUCAGCAGAUUUCACUGAUAUGAAUACUUUGGAUUCCGACGAUGGAAGAUUAAGGUCACGUAGUGGUGUAGCUGCCAGAGACAUAGUACAGUUCGUUCCGUUCAGAGAUUUUGCUAAUAAACCGCCCUGGGCUCUGGCUCAGGCUGUUUUAGCUGAGAUACCCAAUCAAGUCUCAGAAUAUUUUACAAUGAAGAAAAUGGCACCUGGGUCAAGACCAUCCAUGGGACAGUAAGCUUUUAUUUCACUAGACAUACAUUAUUCUAACAUCUUACCGUAAAUUUAAAUGAAAUAAUAUGAAAAUUUGCACUAGAUUCGUUCACGUAAAUUCAUUUGUUCAUCUGUUUACCGAGAAUGCAAUGCAAUUUCUGUAUGAAUGUAUCAUAUAAGUAUGAACUUUAACUAUUAACUAUAAGUAUGAACUUUAACUAUUAACUAUAAGUAUGAACGAAUAAUACAUAUUCUUUAUAAGUAUUUAGUGAUUCAAUAAUCAAAUGUAACAUUAAUGUGAAUACAGGGCACCAUUUUAGUGAUUGCAAUAUA